GUAUUGUUUGACGAAGAGAAGUACAAGAGUAAGAAGAAGUCCACUCAAAAAAUACUAACAAACAAACUUCAAGAAGAUCGAAAACAGAUGGAAAAAGAAAUUGUUUGGCUCAAAUUGCGGACAGUUGGAUGGCAUCACAAAACAAACCCAGAGCAAGGCACCAAAGUUGAAAUUUGGCGCCCUCAACAUGUACCAAGUGAUGGAUGUGAUUUUCAUGUUAUCAUUAGGGAUGCCUUCAAUAGUCAGUUGAUGACAUAUGCUUUGGUCAAAUUCCGAGAAAAAGCGGUAAAACAAUAUGUUCUAUUGUUUUAUUAUUAAUUGGCUUUUCCCAGC